AUGACCAGCCUCUUGAAGUCCGUGGCGGCCUUCAAAGAGCGGGCCCUUGAGUGCGGGCUCACGGAAGCAGAGUGUGAUGCUCUCGUCGCCCGAGGGGUGACGACGUUGUCAGCUGUGGCUUAUGCGGUUUCGACCCCAGGUGUGAAUCCCACUGAGCCAGCCCUCCGUGGGCUCCUGAACCAGGCUGAUCCAGAUCAAGUCACAGUGGGAUCCCUUGCAGCCAUACGACGCCUUGUCUUCGAAAGCCAGACUCUAGCGAUAGCAGAGGUUAAACUGGCAAUCGAGGGCUCCGAUGGUGACAAAAGGUCGGAGCUUGCCCCAGCUGAGCGGGCCAGCCGCAUUGCAUCCCAAAAGACCAGGCUCGCAGGUUAUGACCUCAGUGGCACCAUGGAAGUGGCACACUCGUGCUACACCUAUGUAGGCGCCAUGCUUGACAAUGACACCCCAUUUUACCUUGAACCCCACAAGUUCAUCACCCGUGCUCAGGAGAUUGCCCACGAACGGCCGGGCAAAGAGAUUGUCUUAGAUGCUUCAAAGCUCACAGUGCGCGAGAAGACAAAUUUCCAUAGGAUGCAAAUCCAGAAUGAACUGCAGCUCUCUCAGGCAUUCACAAGACGAAGCCUUGCGUGUGAUUUGAUGGGUGUCGUCACCUUCCGUGUGCAGGAGAAUUGGCAAAAGUUCCUGAUGGACAGACUUGCUGAAUCGCCACCUCCUGGUUUCAGGCGCAUCACCAUGGAGCAGGUUUUGCGCGCAGAUCGUCAGGCAUGGCAGAAGCUUGCUGAGAUCGUGCCCUCCAUCAAGCGCACAGCUGCAGGCACUUUACCCCUUGAUGCGGUUUUCCCAAAUCUCCCGAAUGAAGGUGCCAUUUCCUUUUACCUCUUGCCCACCAAGUUCAAUGAUCAUGAUGACAAGCCUCCAAAGUCUGGGAAGGGUCCCGGCAAGGGUGAUGGCAAGAAAGGGGGGCGUGGUACGAAGCGUGAUGCUGAUGGUAAAGAGAAAGUUCAGCCCGAGCUGCCUGAUGCCCUCAAGGACAUCCCCAACCUUAUGCGCACAACGGGCAAAGGGAAACGCUUGUGUUGGUCGUUCAACAUUAAAGACCGUGGCUGUAAGCAUGCCAAGCCCGGCAAGGCCUGUCGCUUUGGGCACCACCUUUGCAUGAGGUGUGGCAAGGAUGCCGGGUGUCCGCCACAGUUUGCUCAUGUUGCUGAAAUCUUUGCAUGUGAAUGUCUUUCGAAAGGGAAGAAGCUUCAACGUUCAGAUGUGGAGCAUUUGUACGGCUUGCUUCCCAGCGAGAACUCCUCACCCCGUGAGGAUCUUGGUGAUUGUGGUUCUUCUUUCAUCACUGGUGCUUUCUCCAAGGGAGGGAUCGUAGGUCUUCGGUUCAAUACCCGGGCCUACCCUGCAUCUACUGCGUUGCUCUUUCAGUACCUCCGUCAAGAACUUCCUGAUUUUGCGUGUAGCACGAUUGCUCUUUUUAAGAAUACCUUAACAGCUGUUCACACGGACAGCAGAAAUGGGCGACACCCCAAUGCUGCCCUGCCCAUUUCAUCCUUUUCCCAAGGCCAAAUCUGGAUCGAGAGCCCGUCGGGCACGCACCCGAUGACCAUCGAUGAUUCAGUAGUGCCUGGAGAGCUUUUGCCUGUGAAUGAGAAGCCAGUUGUGUUUGAUGCAUGGCGCCUGCGCCAUUGCACCAUGCCCUGGAAAGGGACAAGGUUAAUCCUUGUUGGCUUCAGUGUUGCUCGCUCGCAUAGCCUGUCAGCGCACGACAAGCAGAUCUUGUCCGCCGUGGGAGUGUGCCUUCCCCCUUCUGCGCAUUCAACAUGUACUGCCCCAAAAGCCCAGCCCGUUUCUUGUCAGGAGAUGGACCACCUGGCUCAGGUCAAGCAACGACUGGCUGGGCGCCCGCUUGCAAACCUGUUCUUCAUCCAGAUCUUUGCCCGUGAAGGGGCGCUUUGUGCAGCUGUUCGCAAAUCGGGUCUCUCUGGCAAAGGGAUUGACUUCAAGGUCCAGGGUUCUGUUCGGUGUCCGGUUGUUCCCCUUGACCUUUCAACGCCCCAAGGUCUUCAACUUACGCUGAACAUUCUCCAGCAACAGCCUGUUGCUGCAGUGCACAUCACACCUCCACUGCAUUCCUGGCACCACAUGUUGCCUUCGGCCUUGCCUGUGGUCGAUGCCACAGUGACGAUCAUCAACUCUUGCAGGGAUCUGGGGAUUCUGUGGAGUGUCUCUGGACCCUCCGCAACCAAGCUCUGGCCUCCUGUGCUGCUGGAGGCGCUGUCGUCAACCUGCGCAACACGUACGCAGCUUGAUCUUUGUAUGUUUGGUGCGGGUUGGAAGUUACCGACUGUGAUCUUCCACAGCUUCAGUGCCCUGUGUACUCUGGGUGUGUCUUGCUCUGGUAAUCACGCCCAUAACAUGAGUUCUCAGCCCAAACUCGGUUUGCCGCCCCUCUUCUGUGCGGCAUUUGUGGAGUGCCUUCUCAAGCAGCUCUUCGAUCUGGGUGUGCAACCCCCGGCAAAGUCUUUGCCUGAGCCCCUCGUCUCUGAGUUUCGAUGCCUCAUGACGUUGACUGGUCCUUCUGAUGCCCUUCCUGCUGCCAGUGCGAACUGUACAUAUGGAAUUCCCUGGUCCCCAGCUGAGUUUCGCGAUGAGGCCCUUAAGAGGGGCCACCCCAAAAGACUGGAGUGUGGUGUUCCCGACCUCCUCAAGUCUGUCCUUGAUAAAAUGGUCUCGACCCCUUAUGCUGAGAUUGCCAAGGACCGUACGCAAGCCAUGAGGAGGUGGCUUCUUCGUGCCAAGGAGUUGAGAGACACCGAGUCGCCCUUUGAGACUCCUCAGCACUGCCGCGAGAUCUUGAAGAACAAGUCUAUGUCCCUGUUUGCUGAGAUGCUGGAGGGUGCAGCAUAUCCGGACAAAACGUUGGUGGAAACCAUGUGUUCGGGCUUCGACCUCUUGGGCCAGAUUCCUGCUUCCUCUGUGCUUCCCAGCAAACAUACUGAUGCAGUGCUCACCGUUGAGGAGGUUCGAGCCAUGACCCCGGAUGUUCGGUGUGCUAUCCUUCAACCCACAAGCAAGAUCAAUGACCCCGAGCUCAUUGCAGCGGUGCACCAACUCACCCUUGACGAAAGGGACAAAGGCUGGCUUCGUGGGCCGAUCGACCUCUCUGCUAUACCCGACGACUCGAUCAUCACCAGGCGGUUUGGCAUCAAGCAAACCAGCAGCGACGUUCACAAAGGGCAGGUGACGAAAAUCCGUCCCAUCGACGACUUCACUCAGUCGCUUGCCAACCUGACCUGUGGCGCUACAGAAACGAUAGCCCCCCACGGUGUCGACGUCAUCUGUGCUGGCCUGUCCUAUCGGAUCAGACGUGGUAAACAACUUGGUUUCCGACCGAAGCUUGUCAGUCGGGCAAUAGACCUGAGGAAGGCCUAUAAGAAUCUGCCACUUUCCUGCGAGGCACUCAGAGACUCGUAUUUGGCAGUUCGCAACCCUCUGACUUCUACCUUUGAGUUUUAUCAGUCGCUGGUCCUUCCUUUUGGUGCUCGCCCAGCAGUUCAAGGCUUCUACCGCGUAGCGGCCGGCAUAUGGCAUCUUGCGCUUUUCUACUUUGCCUUACAUUGGACACAGUUUUUCGACGAUUAUUUUCUUGUUGCAGGCGAGGCAGAGAAGACGCAUGUGGACCUGAUCCAGUCGGCAUUCUUUGCCCUUUUGGGCUGGGAGACUGCCUCGGAAAAAGAUUCUGGAUUUGGAUACGUUACUCGCGCCUUGGGGGUACAGAUCGAUCUGUCGGACUGCCGUCUUGGCCUGGUCAAGAUUAGCAACACGUUGGCCAGGCGCAAUGAGCUGGAACGGCUGAUUGAUGAUAUCCUGGCCAGCUCUUCUGUCUCGGGGUCCACCCUCACCUCCUUGAGGGGGCGGCUUCAGUUCUGCGACAACCAGAUCUUUGGAAGGUUGGCAUCUCUGAAGCUUCGAAUCCUCUCAGGCUACUGUGAUCGCAAGGGCCAUAUUCGCGUUGAUGCACCCUUGAAAGAUGCACUUAAUUUCCUUCGAGAGCAUAUAGUGCUGGGCCCAGAGAGAAUUGUCCACUGUGCAUUCAGGAACUGCUUUCAUGUGUACUCCGAUGCCUCCUUUGAGCCCAGCGGUGGUGGAGUGGGUGCCCUGGCUUACAACUCGCUGGGUCUCCUCCUUGGCUGGUUCGGCGAAGAGCUCUCCUUGGAGACCAUGGCUGUCAUUAAUCCAGAUGGGAAGGCCACUCUCAUCUACGAGCUGGAAUGCUACGCUGCAGUCAUGAGCCUCCUUAGGCUAGGGAGUUCGUGGAGCGAUGCUGAUGUGAUACUCUUCUUGGACAACGAGGCCUCGCUAGCCUCCUUGAUCAACGGGAGAUCCGAUUCGUUGUUUGUGCAAAGCCUUCUCGGUGCUCUCUUUGAGUGGGAAUGUGAAACCAGAUGCAAUGUCUGGUUUGAGCGAGUUCCCAGUCAUAGCAAUCCAGCCGACGAUCCCUCUAGAGGCAUCUUUCCGAUGCAGACCGGACUUCGUGCAAGGCUUGACGCCAGGAGCGAUCUCGUGCUUCACGCCGUUGGCCCUUCCUAA